AUGAGUGGCUUUGGGAAGCGCGGAAAUGAUGGUCACGAAAACUACAUUAUGAACCAACAAAUUGCGUUGCCUGUGCCGUACAACCAGGCUGAUGGCCAUGAGUUCAGUGUAAAUGAGCCUGGGACCUACCAUUUCCAGCAGCCUUUCCAUUCAUAUACCCAUCAUUUCACGUCUCCGUAUAACCACCCGAUCAUCUCAUCUCAUAUGCAUCACCUGUCUUCGCAUCAUUCGCCUGGGCAUUCAAUGCCGUCAACACCUGAGCAUGCAGCCCUGCAGCACCAACCCGUGCAGUAUUUGCCCCAAGACCGCUUUAUCCCAUCAAGAUACCUACCCCUUCGUGAAGCACUUGGGGAAACCGACAUUGAAAGCCAGGAUUCUCGAAACGAGAACACUAUGCUGUCGGAGCCGGUCAUCCCACAGCUAGAUGGGUUCCCCAAUGUUAGGGAAUUUGAUCAAUUGAUGAAAAGUUAUGUCGAUGAUCUGUCGGUAAAGAAACAGGACAAGGCGUUGAUUCACGCGAAACGUGCCCGGAACAUACGGACGGUUCUUCUGGACCCAAAAGAUACGGCCAUAGAAUCGGCUCAAUUCAGCAGUGCCAGCACGGUGGAAGAGAUAAAACGUCGGCCCAAGUCCGACAGAUCUAUUCGUGGGUCCCAAAAGAGCUCAUCUCACGCUUCGUCAAGAUAUGCCCAACUUGCCAAGUACGUCGAGGGGGUUCACGAUUAA